CGAAAUGUCUCAGCUGCUCUGCUUGGUGCGAUUGUGCGAGCGAGAGGCGUAAUGCCGCACCGUUUCUCGCACGGGUUGAAUUGUACGCCCUGUACAGAUGCUAUCCUUUCUUCGCUUUCCGCUGGUAUCGCUGGUAUCCCUUCCUCUUUCUGCUACCCACCGCCCGCUAACCAAUUCCGCUCAUUUUUUUCCAACGGCGUCCGGAUUGUUGUGUGUGUCCAUCGCGAAAUCUCCAUCUUUGAAACUUUCUGCCGUGGCGUUUCCUGGUUUCCCGGUUUUUGCAGAACCGCAUCAUUAUCGACGGUAAAGGUUCGUAAGCGUGACGUUUGUUCGUGUGCAGAUGGCUUCCAUCGACAGCAGCACCGUGGUAGCCUGGUAGUGGGCAGUGAAUAGCAGUGGUUCCCGGACCCUGUCACACGAUCAAUCUCAACACGCAUCCUCAACCAAGGCGUUUAUUGCUUUUCUUUUCUCUUGCCCUGCCCCGGCAUUGGAAAAGAAACAAUUUGUUUCAAAAGAUUGGCACCGAAAUUUUUGCUCCAACUAUCAAAGACGGAUCCCUAACACGACAAGGAACGGUUAGGGACUGUUCACAUCUACACCUCUCCCUCGUGACUAGCGUCCUGGCAACGAGUCAACGGAACGGGAAGGGUGCACAACAUUGCAAAUGCACCAGCAAAUUGUCACUGCACCGGAACGCUUGACAAGUAGUUUGCGACUAUACUGAAUCAGGCAUUUGGUGGUGAUCUCGUCCCCCUUCCCACCCCCACCCGUUGCUCUUUUCCUAUCACCCCCAAAAACGAACGCUCGGCGGGGGGAGGGAAGAAUUCGCGUUUCGCGUAAAUAAUCGCGCAACGACCACGGCGGCGCUGACGAGGCGGAUGGUGGGCGUGGUGGUGAAGGAGAAGGGCAGCAGCGGCAGCAGCACCGGCUCGACGAUGUCGCGCAGUGUACGCGCGGAAACGCGCGCCAGCAAGAAGGAUGACGUGAAGAAGCUGAUGCUGUCGAUGGACCGUGUACGGCACUGGGAAAAGAAAUGGGUCACGAUCGGCGAAACGUCGAUGAAGAUUUACAAAUGGGUACCGAUCUCGACUAACGAUAAGAAAAAACCGGGCAGCGGUGGUGGAACGGGCGGUGGUGGUGCUGGCGGUGUACCCGGUACGGUAACGACGGGCUCGAACAGUACGACCGGUGGCAAAACAACCGGCCCGGAUGGGCAAACGAAUGGCCAGUCCGGUGGUGGAACGGGUGGGCAGUUAAACGGUGGCAAUACCACAGCCGUCACCACAAACGGUAACAGCAACAGUAGUGAAAACAAGGAAAAUAACAGCCGAAAGCAACUUCCACCACCACCAACCGGUACCGAUUCCAACUCGAAUUCAAACUUCGGGCUAGCAGAAGACUCAAACACAUGUUUUUCCAUCGUGAGUGAUUCACAGGGUGCAACCGACUUUGUGUCGAACAUGUUCUCGGAGGACUCGAACUCGCAGGGUAGUGAUAGUGCGCAACCGAAGCGAAUGAAAACGGAGUAAAAGAAAAAAAACGUCGAUCACCACCACUCCAUUACGAAACACACAUACACUCGUCCCCGUUUCGCAUCCUUUCGCUCAACACACUUGAAAAAAUCCACACAAAAAACCGGGCGCAAAAAAACAACACUCAACCGAACUUUGCCUCGACACAACACAGAACAAAUGGCAAAAUAGGAGAAGAAUUACCGAAAGGAAUGUUGUAAGUUUUGCAAAAGGGAUAAAAACAAAAACACACAACAUAUAUAUGUACAAAGCGCUCAUUAGUACGAUUCAAGUCAAAAGUAUAAAAGAGUAGAAGGAAGCCUAAUUCUUAAUUUCACAGCAUAAAAACAAAAAAAAACAACAAUAAGGAUGCGAGCAAAGGGACGAUAGACGCUUAAAUGGUAGCUUUUAAGGAUGAAUGUUUGCGUUUUCUUUUCAUUCUUAUUAAUUAUUUUUAUACACAAAAAAGCGAGGUAAAUUGUGUGCUGCCCGUUUUUAUUUUGUUUACUUUUCCUAAUUAGUUUUUUUCCCCCUCCUGUACUUUUCGUGUACCAAGCGUUUUUCGUUAAAUAGGUUAGGGUAUAUACGUAUACAUAUAUAUAUAUUUUGUAAAUGAAUUUUCCUUUUUUUUCAUAAAAAAAACAUUAGAAACCGUGAAGCCAACAAAAAACACUCACUCACAUAUGCACAGAGAGAGCUAAAUGCACCUUUUCCCCACUUCUUAUUGGUAUUAUUUUGUAAGACGAAUCGAUUACAACAAAAAAAAGUUAAACAAAAUUUUUAAUAUAAAAAACACACACAAAUGUUUAGGUUUAUGUUGAUUGUUAGGUUUUUUUUCUCCUUCUUUCUUACACACCCCCCCAUUUUCAUUAACCCCCCCACCGUGGAGUGGAGUGGAGCCGAGUGCGGCGCACAAAACAUUCAAAAGAGGACAAAAGAUUGAUAGGGACUAGUCGGGGAGGGGACGCGGUGGAAGGGCGCAGUAGAUCAAAGCAAACCGAACGUGUUUUGCGAGCGAAAAGAAAUCAUCAACACACACACAAACACAAUCAUAUACACAUUGCAUUUAUGCGCCCUCCCUCGUUUAACCAAAAUGUGUGAAGAAAUGGUUCGAAUAAGAUUACAGUAGAGAAAUGUAAUGGACACAGGACUGCUGGGUGUUGACAGUGGAAUACCGGAAUGUCCCUACAAUUACUAACCCAGAGAGACACCCCCCCCCAGCAUCGUUAUAUUCAGGUAGAAGAGAGAUCCUUAAGGAAAGAGCGCGUGAGCCACGCUACGUCUCACAUAUGCAAGAAAACCAGAAAACAAAAAAAACCCGAAACACCCGAUAAGCACAAGCAGGUUGUGCAAAGGAAGUUAAAAUAAAUUUCUCCCUUUUUGUCGAAAAUGGCGAUGGAAUUGAUA